AUGGCAUCUCGAUAUCCCACUCCCCUCAAACGGGGCACGGGAAUACAUCAACCACUACGUCUACUUUCAUCAUUACAGCGACGAUUCAUCAGCGAUGUCGCGGCAAGACCAAGCCCACCACCAUCAACGAAACAGCCAGCACCACUCUCCAGACUCCCGCUCAAGACCCUCCUCCGCUCCCUAGUCUUAACAUCUCUGAUGACCAGAAGCUGGCUCCUCCGACCCUCCCUUGCAUUCUUGGCCUUUGUGACCAACUCCAAAUCUGCACUGUGGAACCCAGACCGCAACGUGCUCCUGAACAAGAUCCUGCGGCUAAUGAUUUACAACCAUUUCGGGGCGGGGACGACUCGUCAGGAGGUUCUAAAGUCUGUCGCUGAGGUUAAGCAGCAGAUGGGGUAUCAUGGUGUUAUUUUGGGUUAUUCCAAGGAGAUUGUCCUUGAUCCGGUGGAGGGGAAUAACCCUGCUGGUGGAGAGGGAUAUAGUCCUGCGUGUUAUGAGAUAGUUGAGCAGUGGAAGGAGGGGACAUUGAAGACGUUGCGGAUGAUUGGACCCGGGGAUUUUCUCGCUGUCAAACUUACAGGCGCAGGCCCUAUCUCCGUUGACGCCAUGCAAGCCCAUCAACCCAUCCCCAAAGCCGUCGACAAAGCACUGGAUGAAAUCUGCAUCGAAACCGCCAAACAAGGAUCUCGCCUCUGGUUGGAUGCAGAACAGCAAGUUCUCCAGAACGGACUGGACGACUGGGCCAUCGAGCUGAUGCGACGAUACAAUCACGACGGUCAGAUUCUCGUCUACAAUACCAUCCAGGGAUACUUGAAGGCCUCCAAAGCCAACGUCGACCGUCAUAUUACCCUAGCUGCGGAGGAGGGUUUUGCGGCAGCGAUCAAGCUGGUCCGGGGUGCUUAUAUCGAGCACGAGGUCCGGUCUCUGAUCCACGAUACCAAAGAGGAGACGGAUGCCUCGUACGAUUUAAUCGCUGAUACACUCAUCAGCCAGCGAAAGCCGGAUACCAUCAACAACAGCAACCUCCCCUUUCCCUCCGCGGCACUCUUCCUCGCAACACACAACGCAGCCAGCGUGGAAAGGGCCUUCUCGACCCAUCGCCAACGCCUCGCUGCGGGCCUGCCCACCGUGCCACUCGAGUGUGGUCAGAUCCAGGGAAUGGCGGAUGAGUUGAGCUGCGAUUUGCUGCAGCAAUCUGAGAGAGACUAUGAACGGGUUAUGGAUCGGUCGUCUGUGCCGAGGAUUUUCAAAUGUCUGACUUGGGGAUCUGUUGGUGAGUGUAUGGGGUAUUUGCAUCGUAGGGCGAUUGAGAAUCGGGGGGCAGUGGAGAGAUGCCAGCAUAUGACGGAUGCAUUGAAGAAGGAGUUGAAGAGGAGGGUAUUUGGAUAG